UUUUUCCUGUCCAUCCUCUCUGCUGCCAUGCUGUGUCCUGUGCUGCUUUGUGCCACUCUGCUCCUCCUGACACCUCUGGAGAUGACCGAGGCUCGCGCUCUGCACCCCUCUCCUGAUGCUGUGCAGUUCAUGGAGCAGUUUCUGGAGCGCUACAAUGACCUUUUGACCCUGGACGACCUGGAGAACCUGUUGAACAGCCAACCAGAGGAGCAGUCCACCUUCUCCUCAGGGGCCAAAGCGGCAGAGUACCCCAAAUGGGCUGAUGCACAAACACAGGCUGAGACCCCCUGGCUGCGUCUGCUGAAGGGUGCUCUGGCCAAUCAGAAGAGAGCAGAACCAGACCGGUCACGGAGGGGAUGGAACCGAGGGUGCUUUGGCCUGAAACUGGAUCGGAUCGGGUCCAUGAGCGGACUGGGCUGUUAGUGCAGAGAGAAUAAAGACUGAUGACAUCCUUCUUAGAGUAUCAUAAGGAAAAACACACAUGCAAAGGCGUUCACGUGCACUGAAGGGUGUUUACAUGCGUGUAGACUACAUGUAGUAUGGUGUAAACUUGCAGCGUUGCUAAUGUGGUUUCAUCCAGCGUAGAUCAGAUGCUUCACACUGUUGUGGCUGUUUUAACAGAGCAGCUGUAGUUUAUUCCACGUGUAAGUAUUAAACUGAAUAUUAUGUGAGCUAUAUUUACAUCAGAUGAUCAUCUUUAAUUGUUCAGCUUGUUUUUUUAAUUCUUUUAAGUAAAUUGGCACUUUAUGUAUUUCCAGCAUUUGUCUUCGUACAGUUAAUGUGAUUAGACAGUUGUUAAAUUUGUGGCUGGGGUUCAUGUGUAAAAUCGGGUCUAAUGGACGUAGAAAUUAAAAAAUGAUGGCACCUGUGAUUCCUGCUGAUUAUUUUUGUUUACUUAUGAUUUGCAUGAAUAAAUGGAUU